UGUCGGCGCGCGCGACUCUCCGAACCUCAGUGUCGUUCGGGACGCCACUGCGCAAGGUCGUCUCGUAGAGGUUUGUUCGCGUUCGACUUCAUAAUCCUCCUCUUCCUCUCUCUCAGUAUUCGAGGAUCAGUCGGUCGUCCAGGACCCGAAUGGCUGGAGUCGAUUAUUUGGAAUUUUCAUAACCGAGAUAGUUGACCAGCAGCUUAGAUCACCGCUUUGGAAAGGUGGAUAUCGACUCGAAGUCACCUCAUCCGAGUCGAUCGGUGGGAACUAGGUAGAUCAGCACCUCGUUGACCUAGUUAAGAAAUGCGUAAAUAUCGCGCGGAUUGAGUGAACCGUUCCUCCGAUUCGUCCGACAUGGAACUGGUGGUUUUCGUAUCCGGUGGAGAAAUCGGAUAACCGAUACAAGUCUGGAUAACGAUCGUCGAUCAGUACCUUCGUGAUUACAGUGCGAUAAUAGACUGUGGGGAUUUUGUAAUCAAGUUAUUGCUUGCGGUGAAACGAUUCACACCUUUGUAAUCUGGUGCGGGGCAAAUCCAGCGGAAUGAAAAAGUUCACGAGUCUCGGAUAAACUGGAAUAUCUUUUGACGGACAAUAUCACGUAAUCAUAAACAUAAAUUGGUACGGGAGUAUCGACGGUAAGAUGAGCCCGACCUCCCAGGGCGCUUUGGAGGUAGAAAGAUACAUCGGAAGCUGUUUGAUAUCGUCGAACGCGCGACCCGCGAUACACAAAAGCGUGAAAAAACAAGAGCAACAAAUCGCCCGGGGUAAACCGAGGUAUCCCCAAACUUACGGGACAACCAACGGCAACGAUCAGUGUCAGGUGCAAUAUGUCGCACCGGCCGGAUGGCAGGGUGCUCCUCUCAUCUCGAUGACCUCUUCUCCCAGACGGAAUAAUCAUAGGUCGUCACCUGCUCCUAUCCAACAACAACAACAACAACAACAACAGCACCAACAAUCGCAACAACAGCAACAGCAAGAACAACAGCAGCUACAACUGCAGGUUCAGCAACAACAGCAGCAACAUCUAGUUGGCGAUACCGAUCAAGGAAACAUCCAUCAACGAAGCCCGUUAUCGCGGCUGGCCAUACACACUCAGGGUGCUCCGCUUAUACUGUCGGGUCGAUUUCACGCCCGGGGUAAAAUCCACAACGGUAACGCCGGAAACGCGAACAACAACGGCAAUAACAAUCCCAACAACAACAACAACAACAACAACAUCAACAACAGCAUUGGGAACGGCAACAACAGCGUUGUUGCAGGCGGUGUUGGUAACACGAGUCUUGGAAACGGAUCUCGGUAUCUACCACCGAAGUUUCAGCGAAGUGUUCCGGGUGACCAAUUGAAGAAAGGUAGCAAUUUGAAAGAAGUACAAACGGGCAAGGACAUCAACGGAGGCAACGUGGCCAGUAUAGACUCCCUGAGUGUGGCGAGUGACGAGAGUUCUGGAUCCAACAAUUCCGAGAAUAGCUUGCCGAGGAUCAUAAAGCCAAGAAAGCGUAGAAAGAAGGAUCGGAAACCCCCGAACGUGACGACGGAAAUUUCAAAAUCUGAAGAACUCACCUGUAACACCGUCUCGGAAACGUCUAGCAUAGUCACCCUGAAACCGUACGUGCCGGUAUGCUACGAACGGUUCGAACCCCACCGGACACCGUCUUCGGGUGGCCAAAGAAGACUACCCUCAUCGACCAGAGAAAGUUACUCUUCCGGACGACCUCAUUUGACACAGGAGAUCGUUGACACCAGGCAAAGAUACCACCGACACCUCUUCAAGGUCCUCGACAACAACAGGAACGUUGUCGCUUUGCCGCCGAGUCGAAUUCAGCAAAACAACGUCGAUUCGAGACUCUACCGGAAUUCGGGUCAUCAACUGGUCCACGUGGUUGCUGACGGCAGUAACGAGGCGACGACGAGAUGCGAGGACGGCGUUUUCGAGGGACCCGGAUCCUGCCAAUGUCGUUACUGCGACCCUUCGGGAUUGAUAUGGGACGUCGAUCAGAACGGUUACUCACCCUACCUUACACCACCGAUGAACGACUUCGCGAGUUCUCAAUUUCCUCGGGUCCCCUUGUUCUUUCCGCAGGGUCUGCCCAGUCAGGAAAAGUCCGUCGAGUAUUUCGAAGAACCACCUGCCACCGUUUCCAACUCGUUUUACCUGGAACGGGAGAACGCAGCGUUGCGACGAAGCUGGAGUGACCCCACGAGCUUCUUCAGCGAUGAAAUUACGACGCCGAACAGGAGCGUCGGUGUUAUCGGUGACAGAGCUCCGGUCGAAACUGGACGAGGGAAGCGACCGACCUCCUGGAGGAGCUGGAGUUCCCCUGGAACGAAUUCGACGACAUCCGGAACGUCUCAAGGACUCGAGGUAUCGACGGAGAUCGUCACCUCGCCCAACGGUCACCGCGAUCUCGAGAUCAAAUUCUAUUCCUCGUCACCGCCGACGGCCAAUCAGGAGGACGAAAAAUCGGAUUUUGGAUUUCCGGACAACGAGGAUUUCAGCGACAUUUGGAGCUACCACGAGUCGAAACUUCAACAGGAUCUUCGCACGCUACUCCAAGCGGAGGAGUGAGUGAUCAGUGAUCAGUGAGUUAGUGGUUUUUAAUGAUUCACUGUAAUUGCGGGGAUGACGUGCCGCCGAUAUCAAGUGGAAGCUAUCCGAAUCAGUGAACGCACGGCUGUUAUUCAAAGCUGAUGAACUUGCUGAUCGGCUCGGUACUUUUCUGUGCUACAUGAAAGUGUCGUCGAUAGUCGGAACGCCUGGCCGUCAGAAUCCCCCAACGUUUGUCGGACUCCUUUCCAUGCUAAAGGACUGUCCGAUCGUGUUAUCGCAUCAAGCGUGAUUACGACAGACGAGCUAAGAAUCCGAAUGAAUAUUCCAUGAACCUCUGCAGUCACACGUGACUGAAGCUAUGGACGGACGCGGAGAAAAUCAGAGGGCGAGAACAGGCGGGGCAAGGCGAGGCAAGAGAAAAAAAAUUUUGAAACUAAAAAAAAAAAAAAAAAAAGGAAAGACUUGAAAUAAAAACAGCGGUGAAACGUAAAAUACAACUCGGAGAAAGAAAGAGAAAAAGGAACUCGUAACGGUGCAAGUACGUGAGCUGGUUGUCGACGAGUCACGUAUAUCGCUUACACUCGUCGGGGUACUCGCCGAUUACAUGCUGCACCUAGACGACUCAGCAUGCGGGGUACGCAAACGAAACGUAACUUUAACGUAAGGCGUAACGUGCGCGUAACGUACGCGUAAUACCGUAUACUACCUUGGUACCGUAAACUGCGAUGUGUUACGUCCACUAAAACCGGGCUAUAGUACGGCUACUUCCGGUUACCUUAUCGUUUUUUACCUCUUGUUCUUUUUGUCCAAUUGAACCGUCAACUUGACCGAGGUAACCGACACGAUGAACUCUACCUGAUGUGCACGUCGAUUGUAAAAAUUCCGCUCCGCUCCUUCUCCUCCUCCCCGUCAUCCGGCUGUUAUUCUUCUUCGCGUUCGUCGGUUGGUCAGCGACUCGCUGAGAAUCAUAUUUAACAUAUUAAAAAAAAAAGACCGGUAAAGGACUCGCGGAGAAGGGUACGGGGAGGAAAAAAAGAGGAAAGGAAAAGGAAGGGAGUGCUACUUAUCGUGCUAAUGACCGACGUCGGUGCGAAACCUUGUAAAAGGCGCGCGUCUUCAGGCGUGUACGUACAUCAUCGAGCGACUGCACAAUCGCCCCUUCAACGGCGGCAGCGUGUUAAUAUUGUGCGAAAAGCGUGACGACAUGAUUAAGAAAUGAGAAAUAUCUGGACUCACAGAUAAGCGAUCGUCGUUAGAACGAGGAUCGAAAAAAGAACACGAACAACUUCACCGAUGAUAUGACGGUCUACUUGCUCUUCGGCGCAUCGGAUGCGAGCGUAUCUCUUUGCGCGACGUACCGCGCUACCCCAAUAUACGCAAAUGCAAGAGCAGCGGUGCAUACGACGUGGAACUUCACACCGCUGCCCACACACUCGUUCGCCUCGGGACAUCCAGAUAAUUCCAGCGCAUGUUAACGAUUGCCUAUAAUUUGUUGUAUUAUAUAUAUAUCCAACGAUACCCGUAUAACAUCUGCAACCGAUGUGUGGAGAACGGCUAUUAUCGUCGGUUAACGAAUUAAAACACGUGCAUGUGAAAUUAAACAGUGCGACGACAGAAUUUAUUCGUUCCACGACUCGUGCACACCUGUGUUAUCGAACGUAACGCAGAAAAAGAAGAUGACUAAAAAUGAUUGGACGAAAAAAAAAAAAAUAGACUCCAUCUCAUCAACAGUUCCCCGAUGUUAACAAACUCCGUACGAUCUCGCAACGAUCGUUCGAUUAUGUCUAUAUUUGUAUAGAAAAUCCUAAAAAACAGUCUGUACAUCUAUGUAUUAUCUAUCUACGUACAUAUAUAUAUUAUAUAUAUAUAUAUAUAUUUGCUGUGUGCUGUAUGAUCCGUGUGUUUCACCUUGUGCACGUGUGCGCGCGCGUCUGUCUCUGUCCCUGUAUGUCUCUGUCUGUCUGCCUCUCCGUCUGUCCGUCUGUCUGUGUAACGAGGGGCUGUGCCGCGCACCCCGGGGAUGUUCGGGAAAAGAUGAGGAGGAAGAAGGGUGGGGGGAGGGGGGAGGGAGUCGACCCGGUGUUUGGGUAAGGAUAAUGGUUUUACGUGUGGGUUAUAAAUGGGUCGCCUAUACUACUUGGUUUAGGUCGAGGGAACGGACUCGACGACGCCGGGCGGCGAACGUCGUAGCUGAAAGCCACCGCGUCGAACGACCCACGCAUAUUACGUUGAAACUCGAAAUAACCUUUUCUUAACAGCUUCGAACAAUUUUCACCAACCUUUUACCUUGUCAUCUGAUUCGCGGCUUCAGAGAUCCAAGCUUAUGACGAUACCUCUUUGGUCAUUUUUGUCGUUUGACAUUCAUUUGAGCAGAAAGCACGGGCAGUAGCGUGUAUCGUUGAUCUCGUCGUUUGAUCCGCUAUCUUCUGAUCUAAUUUCGAUUUCCAUGGCGGAUCGCUUGUUCGCUCCAAAGAUUUUUCUGAACUCUAUUGAUUUCGGUUCGCUGAUCUUAUUAUCGUAUCCCGCUGGAUUUCUCAUGACUGUCCAACCGAUGAUCCCUAUUUCACCCGAAUUCUCAAGACUCGAGAAACAGAUCGAAAGUCAUUCCCGGGUUAUUUUUUUUUUUUGGAUCGAAAAUGUCACGCGAUAGUCGCGAUCGAAUAACGAGUAGAACUCGUCGAAUACUUCGUACACGUUGCUCGCGAAAAUCGAAUUGGGAAUAAGAAAGAAAGUGAGAAAAAAAAUACAAAUCACGAAACACGACGGAGAAAAAAAGCUCGGCUCGAAGGUACGCAAGAAAAAUGUCGGGCGAGUUGUACGGAAAAAUUGAGAAACUCGCGUUGAAAAAAGUCCAUAUUUUAGCAUCACCUUUCCAGUAAAACUUUUCACUUCUUAUACGUACAUAACUUACUCGCAUGUGCAGUGCGCCUCGCUGCAGUUUAUAAAAAUCCACCGUAUCCCUCUGGCUCCAAAGAAUCCGACGCAUCGCUGCACCUUUGCUCCUAUAUUUCCGAGUAAACUUUCUUGGGUAAAUAUUUCCGGAGCAAACGUUGAUUUUUAAUUUUUUUUUCCUCCUACCCGCAACAAUUAUCCCCACAACCAGAUCCGUAGGUCCCCGCAGCAGCUUUACGUACGUAUACUUGGUAGAAUCGGAUUUUGUCGACCCACAAUCACAACCACAUAUCGCUCCUAGUCUAAACCCUAUAUCGCUAAUUAAUGUCACGUACAAACCGAGUAUAAACCUACUUGAUUGUGUGCCGCAGGUAAUCACUAUUUAUGUAGGCUGUAAUAUAUAAAUAAACAUAAAUAAAAUUGUGUACUUGCGUAUGCGUGUGUGUUUAUAUGCGUGCGAGUGUGAGAUAAUAAAGUAUUGAAAAUUCAUAAAAAUUAUUACAAUUAUUAAACCUUGACGAUUUUCCAAGAGGAUCUCGUUUGAUUCAUCUUUUUCCUCCCCCCCGCCCCCCUCAAAAGAAAUUCUGGACACGCAUGAUAAGGGGUUAGACAUUUUCGUUACACGGGUUACAUAUUUUACAAAAUUUUGUGUACGUGUGCUUGAAAGUUUUCGGACUUAGAAUGUAAUGGGCGCGUGUGCUUUUAGGAAAAGAAAGAGAGAAAGAAAGAAAGAAAGAAAAAAUUAAAAAUAACCAACCGAAGGCAGUAACAGACUAUCUGCUACAUCAUCGGGGCAAUAGAUACGUAAUAGAGAUGUGUGUGCAAGUUGAUUGCUCUAAUCGCUAUUUAUACCGCUGCCGAUUAUCAUCGACCGCUUGAUACUAUUGAAAUGAAGCGAUAAUGUUUAAUCGACGUCUGCGAUAAAAUUGAAACA